GAAGCGGCAGCAUGACGUGUCAGUUCUGGCUGGGCGGGGCCGCGGCAGGUGAGGUGGGGGGAGUUCUGUGGCGUGUAACCGGCAGCGAGACAGACAGAAACAGAGAGACAGAGACGGGCGUCUUGACCAGCGUUGAAACUGAAACACGAACACGCUUGCACAUUACAGCUCUGGGAUUUGAUAUCGAAAUCAGCCUGCGUGAGAAGACCACGGUGUAUCACUGGGACCAUCGCCAUGUUCAGCUGGGUUAACCGGGAGCACGGCGGCAGGAACGCGGAGGGGGAGAUGUUUCAGACGGUCACGGAGGGGCUGCAGUCUCUCUACACUAAGAAGCUGCUGCCGCUGGAGCAAACCUACCUGUUUAACGAUUUUCACUCGCCAGCCCUGGAGCCGGCGGAUUUUAACAACAAGCCGAUGGUGCUGCUUGUCGGACAGUACUCCACGGGCAAAACCACCUUCAUCAGGUACCUCCUGGAGCAGGAUUUCCCAGGGAUGCGGAUCGGUCCCGAGCCCACGACAGACUCCUUCAUCGCGGUGAUGCACGGGGAGACCGAGGGCGUCAUUCCCGGGAACGCCCUGGUCGUGGAUCCAAACAAACCCUUCCGGAAACUCAACUCCUUCGGGAACGCCUUCCUCAACAGGUUUGUCUGCUCCCAGAUGCCCAACCAGGUGCUGCAGAGUAUCAGCGUGAUUGACACCCCCGGGAUCCUGUCUGGAGAGAAGCAGCGCAUCAGUCGAGGCUAUGACUUCGCACAGGUGCUGCAGUGGUUUGGGGAGCGGGUGGAUCGCAUCAUCCUGCUCUUCGACGCUCACAAGCUGGACAUCUCGGACGAGUUCUCGGAGGCCAUCCGCGCGUUCCGCGGCCAGGACGACAAGAUCCGCGUGGUGCUCAACAAGGCCGACCAGGUGGACACGCAGCAGCUGAUGCGGGUGUACGGCGCCCUCAUGUGGUCGCUGGGCAAGGUGAUCAACACCCCCGAGGUGGCACGCGUGUACCUGGGCUCCUUCUGGUCCAAACCCCUGCAGAACAUGGAGAACCGCAAGCUCUUCGAGGCUGAGGCCCAGGACCUGUUCAAGGACAUCCAGAGCCUCCCACGCAACGCAGCCCUGCGCAAACUCAACGACCUCAUCAAGAGAGCGCGGCUCGCCAAGGUCCACGCCUACAUCAUCAGCCACCUGAAGAAGGAGAUGCCGGCCGUGUUCGGGAAGGACUCCAAGAAGAAGGAGCUGAUCAGCAAACUGCCUGAGAUCUACACCGCCCUGCAGAGAGAGCAUCACAUCUCACCGGGGGACUUCCCUCCCGUCGCCAGGAUGCAGGAGCAGCUGCAGCACUAUGACUUCAGCAAGUUCCCGCCCAUGAAGAUAAAGCUCAUCGAGUCCGUGGACAAGAUGCUGGCGACCAAGAUCGCAGGGCUGAUGACGCUGAUCCGCGAGGAGGAGAGCGCCAUGCCCGCGCGGAUGGUGAGCGGAGGAGCCUUCCAGGGCUCUGAGGAGGGGCCCUUCGGGCACGGCUACGGGGAGGGGGCCGGGGAGGGGGCCGACACGGAGGACUGGAUCGUGGCGCGGGACAAGCCCAAGUACGAUGAGGUCUUCUACAGCCUCUCCCCCAUCAACGGACGCAUCUCCGGAGCCAACGCCAAGAAGGAGCUGGUGACCUCCAAGCUGCCCAACUCCGUGCUGGGCAAGAUCUGGAAGCUGUCUGACUGCGACAGGGACGGCAUGCUGGACGACGAGGAGUUCGCCCUGGCGCAGCACCUCAUCAAGAUCAAGCUGGAAGGCUUCGAGCUGCCCAACGAGCUGCCCGCCCACCUGCUGCCCCCCGCCCACAGGAAGCACCGCAGCGACGCCCUGUCCAUCCCCUUCGCAGAGUAGGAGAGGAGGGACCAGGGGCCGCGGCUUUUAAAAGCAACACAGUCACUGUUGUAUAUAUGUGUGUGUAUAUAUAUAUAUAUAUAUAUAUAUAUAUAUAUAUAUAUAUAUAUAUAUAUAUAUAUAUAUAUAUAUAUAUAUAUAUAUAAUUUUUUUUUUUAAACAUUUUUGCCAUUCCAGCUUUUAGAGGUAAGCUAAAGAAUAAAUAAUAAAGCCGUGGUAAACGAUGGUAAAUGCGGAUUCUAGCCGUGGUAAACGAUGGUAAAUGCGGAUUCUAGCCAUGGUAAAUUCCUGUGCACUAGGAUAGAAGUUUAUUUUAGACACUGUUGUUGUGUAUUUUGUGUAGCCUGUAAUCGCGCAGGUUGUGUACAUGCCUGUGUGUUUGUGUUGAAGUGUAAAUAUGCUGUAACAGUCCAGUGCAGUUCUGAAGAGCCUGUCUGAAUCCAGUGUGUUAUCGGUGUUGCUGUCUCACCGUGCUGCUGGUUGCACAGUCAUGCAUAUUCACUCACAUGCUGGCACUGCCACAGCUUUCUUCAGUCGUGGGGGUGCUUGUGUUCUGCAAGCACACGGGUUUAUAUGUGAAAUGAAAGCAGUGGUGUCAUGUUUCCACUGUGUGUCCCAGCUCUAACCCAUGUGUCUGUUUGCAUGGCUACACAGUGCAGCAGCCUCACAGGCAAAGCCUGGAAUGGCUCAAACUGCAGAAGAAAAGAAGCAGCUGGGUUAUAAAUGCAAGACCCAGACGUUUUGAGGGGAAGUCUUUUGUCUGUGUUUAAUUCAGUUUGCAUUAUUGUGACGGGAGUAUCAUCGACGCUGACCUCUCGUCGAGGUUCUCUUCCGUACAGCUGAGAGACACUCCAAAGACAGCCACCAAGAAAACAUGAAAAAGAUCUACAAAGGAAUGGCUGAGCAUAGGAGCUGAAUAAACACCAAGAUUAGGAGGACGUGGGGACAUGAAUGUAAUGGGAUCGCUCGUCUCGCCUCUCUCUUGAAGUAGCGUGUGCCCCGUUUUAUUUAAAUUAGUUUUUUUUUUCUGUAGAAGACACCGAAACGUUUUGAUGUAGUAGUUGUUCUCCUUGUAAAGUGCUGAUAGAGUUGUGGUCCAGCAGGUGUAGCUGUUGCGCUGCUGCUGAGCAGAGAGCUGCAUUGAGUGUGUUCCUUAUGACCGGCUUCGGCAGUGUAGACCCUGUCGAGUCUGUGUCUCUCUGAAAUACCUCCGUGGUUUAGACAUCCUCCUCAUCAUCAUCAUCAUCACCUCCUCCCCAGGAUCAGGCCCACUGACCACAUGGCACAUGGGUUUGUGGCUAAUGAACAAACCCUUACAGAGCUAGUCUAACCUCUCUGUCAAAUGCACACAUAAAAAAGCCAUGGCUGCAAAAUCGCCUGGGGUUUCUUUAGAACGACCUUGGAGAUGCUGUUUAGACACCUAAUAAUUCAGUACUUGACAGGGAGGUUGUAAUACAUACCCAUACUAUAAUAGGUUAUAAUAAGAGUUUACAUAGCACACAGUGACACCCGCUGGCAUCAAAAUGUAGCUGCAGCUAUUUGUACAAUUCUUCACUGCCCCCCUUAUCAUUGUGUAGUUUGUGUUUUUAAAAAUAAGUAACGUGCGUACCAGCAUGGAGAAGUGAACGAAUACGAGGACGCUGGCUUGUAUACCCUCGAGAGACGGCUCAUUUUCAGAUGUGAAUGUGCGACACACUCCUUCUUAGCUGCUGUUGAGGUAGGGUGGGGAGGAGAUGGUUACAGAUUUGAUGGAAAAACGUUUUCAUCUUCUGCUUCAUAACAAAAAAAAUAAUUUAAAAGCAGUUUGCUCCCAAUAGCACACACUCCGUAACUGCUUACGUUGGUAUAAUAUAUAAAGUGAUUUUAUUUUUUACGAUGAAAAAUGUGUAUUUUAUUAAUCUGUUAAAAGCAUGUAUCUAUACUGUAAGCAAAUGAAACCUGCAGAUGUGCCAAGUCUGCGUCUAGUUUCUGCUUUCACUGCAGUGCCUGUUUGAAGUGGAGAGGAGAGCAGCAGGGUUAGCUGGGAACUGCUGUCAGGGACAUUGUGAUCGAGUGGAUUACUGUUACUAUUGUACUGUUGUUUAGGUCCUGCAUCCCAAGCUUUCCUGUGUGUGUUGAUUUCAGAAUCUUUUCCUGUUCCGCUCUAUUCUAGUUCAUUCCUAAACUGCACGGGAUGUCAGGUUUGCGUUCCUGAAGAAUUCUUUGUCUGUGUGAGUUUGUGUCAGUCAACCCCAGGACUCCUCACACCUUCUGUUAGUGCAGAUUGUAUUCUCGUCUCACUCCGAAGGAUAUGUUUAUGAAUAGAAUUCUUAUUCUAACUAUCGAUCUCUCCCACUCAUAAUCGCACUUGUUCUUUCUUUACCUCUCUCUCUGUCUCUCCCUCGGUGUCUCUCUCUCGUGUCUCUCUCUCUCUCUCUCUGUCUCUCCCUCGGUGUCUCUCUCUCUCUCUCUCUCUCUCUCUCUGUCUCUCCCUCGGUGUCUCUCUCUCUCUCGCUCUCUCUCUCUCUCUCUCUCUCGCUGUCUCUCCCUCGGUGUCUCUCUCUCUCUCUCGCUGUCUCUCCCUCGGUGUCUCUCUCUCUCUCUCUCUCUCUCUGUCUCUCUCUCUCUCUCUUUUUUCUCUGUUAAUCAUUUGUGAAACUUGGCCAAGUCAAAGUGAUCUAUAUUCAUUAUUAAUGCUUUUAUAAUCAACUCUUUGAGAUGUAGAAAAUGUAUAUUUUUAUGUAAAAAAUAACCACAACAAAUAUUAAAAAGUAAUCUUAUAUUUUAAAUGGAUGUUUGUUUUUUUUAAAUGUCAUUGUUUUAAUCUUGUAAUAAACUGAAGCCUUGCCCUA